AUGGACACCCUGAUGGACUCUAGUGACUUAAACGUGGACAGAUCUGGUUGGGGCGGCUCCUUGGAUCUGCGAAGGCAUGGGGAAGGAAGUGCACUCCCGGGAAGCAUGGCUGAAACCGCGCCCGAAGCCCACUCACACAACUUCGUGCACAAGCAGCGGAGGCUGUCGAAACUCCUCGACAAACUCUCCGUCCAGAUAUGCAACAACAAUCAGUACCCGUUCCCACCUUGGCUGAUGCGUGACUCGCUAACAGCGCCGGACGACGUGCCUCUGGACCUCUCCGUAAAAUCCGAGCCCAAGAGAAAACAGCCCCCGGUGUAUGCGUGCCCUAUCUGCGGCCAGACCUUCACGGUCCAGGACCGUCUGGCCAAGCACGUCGCUUCACGGCACAGGGACAAGGCUCCAGAAGCAGCCCGGACCUACGAAUGUGAGAUCUGUCGCCGCCGUUUCGCACGAUCUGAUAUGUUGACGCGGCACGCCCGCCUGCACAGUGGCGUUAAGCCGUACUCGUGCUCCGCUUGUGGUCAGGUAUUCUCGCGAUCUGACCACCUGGCGACCCACCAGCGCACUCACACUGGCGAGAAGCCGUACCGCUGUCCGAACUGCCCGUACGCUGCAUGCCGCCGCGACAUGAUCACUAGGCAUAUGCGGACGCACACACGCCGCCAACAACCUGCUGAGAUCUAA